AUCAUACAAUCAACAAAGAUUAAUUUCCAUGUGUAUGGAAGCCAAGUGCUACGGCCAUGAGGGUUAUGUUCCCAUUCCGAACCUAUUCUUCUUAAUCUCGCCAUGACGCCUAUAUAUUACAAACAAAUCAAGCAAGGGACGAACCCUUUUAUUGCUUUCCUCUCUAGUCUUCUUUCUUGUUUCUCUCUUUCUUUUGGCCAAUUUGUUCUUCCCCCUUUGAACCAUAUAGAUCGGAAGAGCUAGCUCGCGCUGUGAUCAUGGCGGUUGUCGGGGAUUUUCUUGUAGGGAAAGCGCUCGAGUUACUGUAUGGUGGUGUUGAAACGUUGAUUGCCAAUAAUCUACUCUUUGAAUCACUCUCCACCGACAUCAAGGCCAAGCUAGACGCUUUGAGACCGAUGAUCCAGAAGAUGGUACAACGUAAUCACCAACCGGAUUGUCCUGAGGAUCCAGUUUUAAGAGAUUUACGAGUAUUAAUGGAGGAAGGAGCAGUGGUCGUCUGUAAGUGCUUCUCUAAGAUUCGUAUUUGGAACUUCUAUAAGAAGUACAAGUACACCAACAAACUUCUCAAGUUGAAUGAAGCUCUUGAGAAGCAGUUAAGUUUACUGAAUGUGCGUGUAGCAGUUGUCACAGACGAGAACAAUGGUAUACUACAUGAGCUCUUAGAUAUUGCGAAUCAAAACAAAUCUGCAGCAAUUGAAGCAGGUUGUGCACUACCUGAACUACCGUCACUUAUAGUUGGAUUGGAUAUUCCACUGAAGGAAUUGAAGAUGGAGUUUUUUAAGGAUGAAGUAUCACUGCUUGUAUUGACUGCUCCAGGAGGAUGUGGGAAAACUACUCUGGCAACAAAGUUCUGUCAAGAUCAAGACGUCAAAGAUAAGUUCAAGGACAACAUCUUCUUCGUCACUGUUUCUAAAAAGCCUAAGUUGGAGCUUAUCAUGACAGAGCUAUACAAACAAAAGGAUUAUAAGGUACCUACUUUCCAGAAUGGAGUAUUUCCAGUGAAGUGGCUACAACAAAUUGUGAAGGAUGAAGGUGAUAAUCCUUUGUUAUUGGUCUUGGAUGAUGUUUGGUCUGGAUCAGAAUCUAUUCUUCAGAAAUUUGAAUUUAAGAUGUCAAAUUACAAGAUUUUAGUGACAUCAAGGUCUGAGUUUCCGAGAUUUGGCCCUUCAUAUCACCUGCAACUAUUAGAUGAUGAUAAUGCAAUGCAACUUUUUCAUCACACAGCAUUCUUAGGAGACAAGAGCUCUCAUAUCCCAAACGAUCUUGCAAAAAAGAUAGUAAAACACUGUAAUGGAUUUCCACUGGCUAUUACAGUGGUAGGAAGAUCACUUUGCAGUCAACCUAUACAAACGUGGCGAAGUAGGGUAAAUGAAUGGUCAAAAGGUGCUUCAGUACUCGACUGUGAGAUGGAAUUGUUUCAAUGCCUCCAAAGCAGCUUCGAUGCCUUGGAUAAUGCAACGCCUAAGGUCAAGGAUUGUUUGUUAGACCUAGGUGCGUUUCCCGAAGAUUCUGAAAUUCAAGUUACAGCUCUCAUUGAUAUGUGGGCGGAGUUGUAUGAUCUAGAUGAAGAGAUGUCAUGCAUUGCCAAACUCUAUGAACUCAACAAUCGCAGUCUAGCUCUUCUACAAGGGGAUAUGCGGUUGGAAGUUGUACAGGAGGCAAUAGAAUACAAUAGAUACGUUGUUAGGCAGCAUGAUUUGCUCAGAGAACUGGCUAUCUACAACUCAAAACGUGAUCCGAUGGAGCAUAGAGAAAGACUGAUCAUAGAGAUAUGUGGAAACAAUGUUCCCAAAUGGUGGAGAGAACAAAAAUAUCCAUACAUAAAUGCUCGCCUUGUAUCUAUCUCAACUGAUGGAGAGUUCUCAGUGAAACUGCCCGACAUGGAAUUACCAAAGGCAGAGGUUCUAGUCUUGAAUUCUCAAUCAGAAAGGUCCUAUGCCUUACCGGAAUUUGUGGAGAGAAUGCAUAAACUAAGGAUGCUGCUUGUCAUAAAUUAUACCAGAAGGGCAAAAUUGGAUAAUUUUCAACUACUGGGCUCCUUAUCAAAUCUCAGGACUCUCAGAUUAGACGGCAUCGAUCUUUCUUGCUUAACCAAGAGCCCAGUACAGUUGAAGAAUCUACACAAGUUGUAUUUGAGAGCAUGUGGAUAUAAUAGCAGAGAUCUGAAAUUAUCACAUAUUAUAUUUCCAAAUCUGAAGGAAAUUGUUUUCGAAAGCUGCCUUCUCCUGGAAUUCACAGGAGUUCUCUGCGAGCUGAUUCAUUUAACAAAGCUCAAAAUCACUAGUAGAUUCCGGUUAUCAAACUUGUCUGAAGCCAUUGCAAAUCUGGUCAAUUUAGAAGCGUUGACGCUAGACGUCGGCUUAGUUGCAGGGAUUCCUGAAUCGAUUGGGAAUCUCAGGAAAUUAAAACUUCUUAAGAUUAAUAACGAUCGGGAUUUAGAGAAGUUGCCGGAACAGAUGGGUAUGCUUAAGUGUCUGAGACAUCUCAUCAUCGAGGGUUGUAGUAGGCUAUCUGCGUUGCCUGAAUCAAUUGGAAAUUUGGUGAAUCUAGAAGUAUUGAGUCUAAGGUAUUGUACCCACUUGUCAGAGCUGCCGGAGUCGAUCAGAAAUCUCCAAAAGUUAAACUUUCUUGACAUGUAUAGAUGCAUAGAGAUCGAGGAGUUGCCUGAACAUUUUGGUGAAUUGAAGAGUUUAAUGAAGCUGCAAAUGGUUGGUUGUUAUGCAUUGAGAAAACUGCCUGAAUCAGUUUCAGAUCUUGAGCAGUUAGAGCAAGUGAUAUGUGUAGAUUGGGAUGCAACACAUCUAUGGACACCCUUGUUGCCCACUCUCAAAAACCUUCGCAUCGUCGUGCGGGAGGGCAGCAAAUCCUUUGUCCCUUGUUGCCCAACUUCCCCUCCAGUUGAUAUGGUUGAAAAAUUUCUAAUUGCGUUUGAGAGACUCUUCAGAAAACCCCGGGUGCGCGGCGCACCCGGAUGCUAAAGAGCACGUGCAAACAACGCGAUGUUAAGUCGGCCGGUCCUUGUUUUAGUCUUUUCUCUUCUUUUCUUCUUCUUCUCUCUCUCUCUCUCUCUCUCUCUCUC